AUGUCGGCUGCCAAGCUGGAGAAGAAAAUUUGGAACCUGGAGCAGCGGCUGCGUGAUGAGUUCCGCGGGGAGCUACGCCGGGUGCUCACGCAAUGUGCUUCCAAAAUACAAGAGUUGGAGACGGAGGUGCUUCUGCUCAAGGGCGAGAAGCCCACGAAAGCCGCGCAAGAGGUUUCCGUCGACUUCUCUCAAGGCACACAUCCUGAGCUUCCCGGAGAACUUGGAGGGCAUGCUGUGCAGCCAGUAGAUGUUGUGCCAGCAUGUAAGGCGGCGUGGCCUGAACUUGGCGAGUUUCCAACUGAAUCGAAGCACCAGGACAGCUCUGACUGGGUCCCCUUGGAGCCUGUUGCCUUCCUGGAAUCCACCUGGAACAUUGUUCUUGUCUUGGGAUUUACCGAUGCUGGAUGGCUGGACAUCAUUGUUGGCUGCCUGCUGCUGUUGGCAAGUGCUGGGCUGCAGAUUGCUUUCAGUAUCAUCCUACUCUCAGAGGGCUUUCUUGGUAAGCCAUUUAAAUCGAACAUCGAUAGUGCCGAGAAAUGGAGAGUUGGCAUCGCACACGAUUACAGGCACAUGGACUUGGCUGAAACAAGCCUGGUCUCGCGCGUUUGCGGCAGAGAUGACUCCCUCAUCGUAUCGACCAGUCAAGCCACCCUACUGGGCCAGAUCGAUGCUUUCCUGGGACUUGGGGAAAGCUCAGAAUUCGAACCCCUGGGCUUGCGCCUUGGGAUUCUGCUCUGUAUGCUAUGCAUUCUGCUGUGGUGCCUCUACCUCUGCAACGAAUUUCGUGCCAUUGGACUUUCUCUGGAGGCCAUCUGUCAGGUGCCUCGACGUCUUCACACCACCUUUGACCAGGGACGCUUCACUACUAUGUCCUACUUCCGCUUUGCGCUCUACUGUGGGGCCCGGCUGGUAAGGGGCAUUAUUGCAGGCCUCUUGCUUUAUGCGGGCAUUCUGUGGCUUGGAAAUACCACAUCCAUUACGGACCUCAUGCUCAAUGCAGUUGCCCUGGGGGCUGUGCUCGAUGUAGACGAGAUGUUUUUUGCCGCCCUCAUGCCGAAAAAGAUUCAAAUCAAGAUUCAAGACCUGGAGGCCGGAAACUGCUCAAAGACAUUUUCUUCUUCAUGCUCUUGCUAUGUUUGUGCAAAUGUGUGGGUGAACAAGGGCAAGCUCGUUUCGAGAACGUCUGGCAUGAACGUAUCAACACGGACUGGAUUGAUGUUGUGGCCGUGGUUCCACUUGGUAGAGCCUCUCGGUAACGACAUGUUGGAGGUGAAGAAGAAAUUGUGUUGGGGGAAGGAUAACUUCGUCGUGGGCGUCAACAGCAACCAGGGCGUUACAGUUGGUCGGUGGACGAAUGAUUUCAAUUCCAAGCGGAAUGAAAGCCUCAUUGACAUCGCGGUAGGUGAUUUUGCUUUCGAUGAAAACUCGGUGUCAUCAAUUUACAUCUUGAUGACGCAAGAAGCAAAGACAUUCGAGAAUAGGCGGACGGAGUCCAUCGCCGUGGCAGCGGCAAGUCUUUUGCAAUGCGAUGACUUGGAUGAGCAGUAUCUGAACGAUGCCCAAAAUUCCGCUACUGGCUUGCCGUAUUUCUUCAAUACGGCCCCGGGCCUUGGCUACGAGCGAAGUGCUGCUCUAGCCCUCACCUGUGAGGAGAUGUCAGUCCAUUGCAAUGAAGAG